AGCGCGGCCCCGCCCCCCCCGGCAAUGUCUAUCGGCGCCGCGCGCCCAUGCAGGCAGUUAUUCCACUGGGAUAGAGCGGCCGGAGCGGCGGCGGCGGCAUGGCCGGGGUCCCGUUCUGCGCCCUCCUCCCGCUCCUCGUCGGCGUCUGCGGGGCCGUCACCGGUUCCCGGGUCUAUCCCGCCAACGAAGUUACCUUGCUGGAUUCCAGAUCAGUUCAGGGAGAACUGGGGUGGAUAGCGAGUCCCCUAGAAGGAGGGUGGGAGGAAGUAAGCAUUAUGGAUGAGAAGAACACUCCGAUCCGCACCUAUCAAGUCUGCAAUGUGAUGGAGCCCAGUCAGAACAACUGGUUACGAACUGAUUGGAUUCCCCGUGAGGGGGCUCAGAGGGUCUAUAUUGAGAUCAAGUUCACACUAAGAGACUGCAACAGCCUGCCGGGUGUCAUGGGAACUUGCAAGGAGACUUUCAACCUUUAUUACUACGAAUCAAACAACGAUAAGGAGCGUUUUAUCCGAGAGAGCCAGUUUGCCAAGAUUGACACCAUUGCUGCCGAUGAGAGCUUCACCCAGGUGGACAUUGGUGACAGGAUCAUGAAGCUGAACACGGAGAUUAGAGAUGUGGGGCCACUCAGCAAGAAGGGGUUUUACUUGGCUUUUCAGGACGUUGGUGCCUGCAUCGCUUUGGUGUCUGUCCGUGUCUUCUACAAGAAGUGCCCGCUGACGGUACGAAACCUGGCACAGUUUCCUGACACCAUUACUGGGGCUGAUACCUCCUCUCUAGUGGAGGUUCGUGGCUCCUGCGUCAACAACUCUGAAGAGAAGGAUGUGCCAAAAAUGUACUGUGGGGCAGAUGGCGAGUGGCUGGUGCCCAUUGGCAACUGUCUGUGCAACGCUGGCUACGAAGAGCGCAAUGGAGAAUGCCAAGCUUGCAAAAUCGGAUACUACAAGGCUCUCUCGACAGAUGUGGCUUGUGCCAAAUGCCCGCCUCACAGCUACUCCAUCUGGGAAGGCUCUACCUCCUGCACCUGCGAUCGGGGCUUUUUCCGAGCCGAAAAUGAUGCUGCCUCCAUGCCCUGCACUCGCCCUCCAUCUGCUCCCCAGAACCUGAUUUCCAAUGUCAAUGAGACCUCGGUGAACUUGGAGUGGACUGCCCCCCAGAACAAAGGUGGUCGGGAGGACGUCUCCUACAACGUGGUAUGCAAGAGGUGUGGUGCCGGUGACCUUAGCCGCUGCCGGUCCUGCGGCAGCGGUGUGCACUUCAGCCCCCAGCAGAACGACUUGAAGACCACCAAAGUCUCCAUCACAGACCUCCUGGCACACACGAACUACACCUUUGAAGUCUGGGCAGUGAAUGGAGUGUCCAAACAGAAUCCCAGCCAGGACCAAGCUGUGUCAGUCACUGUGACAACUAACCAAGCAGCUCCGUCCCCUAUUGCUUUGAUCCAGGCUAAAGAGAUCACCAGGCACAGCGUUGCCUUGGCUUGGCUGGAACCCGACAGGCCAAAUGGAGUCAUCUUGGAGUACGAAGUCAAAUACUACGAGAAGGACCAAAAUGAGCGCAGCUAUCGCAUUGUGAAGACAGCCUCCAGGAACACAGACAUCAAAGGCUUGAACCCCCUGACUUCAUACGUGUUUCAUGUGCGGGCAAGGACAGCAGCAGGCUAUGGAGACUUCAGUGGGCCGUUCGAGUUCACAACUAACACAGUUCCUUCCCCCAUCAUUGGCGAUGGUACCAAUCCCACAGUGCUGCUUGUCUCGGUGGCUGGCAGUGUUGUUCUUGUGGUCAUUCUCAUUGCAGCCUUUGUCAUCAGCAGGAGGCGCAGCAAGUACAGUAAGGCUAAGCAAGAGGCAGAUGAAGAGAAACAUUUGAACCAAGGUGUUAGAACAUAUGUGGAUCCUUUUACAUACGAGGAUCCGAACCAGGCUGUGAGGGAAUUUGCCAAAGAAAUUGAUGCCUCCUGCAUAAAGAUUGAAAAAGUUAUUGGUGUGGGAGAGUUUGGUGAAGUAUGCAGUGGGCGCCUCAAAGUACCAGGAAAAAGGGAGAUUUGUGUCGCUAUUAAGACUCUAAAAGCUGGAUACACUGAUAAACAAAGGAGAGACUUCCUGAGCGAGGCCAGCAUCAUGGGACAAUUUGACCAUCCCAAUAUCAUCCACUUGGAAGGUGUAGUUACUAAAUGUAAACCAGUAAUGAUCAUAACUGAGUACAUGGAGAACGGGUCCUUGGAUGCCUUCCUCAGGAAGAAUGAUGGCAGAUUUACAGUCAUCCAGUUGGUGGGGAUGCUUCGUGGCAUUGGGUCGGGAAUGAAGUAUCUGUCUGACAUGAGCUAUGUGCAUCGGGACCUAGCUGCUCGAAACAUACUGGUCAACAGCAACCUGGUCUGCAAAGUGUCUGACUUCGGCAUGUCCCGCGUCCUGGAAGAUGACCCUGAAGCAGCUUAUACCACAAGGGGUGGCAAGAUCCCCAUCAGAUGGACUGCACCAGAGGCAAUUGCCUACAGAAAAUUUACAUCAGCUAGUGAUGUGUGGAGCUAUGGCAUCGUCAUGUGGGAAGUCAUGUCCUACGGAGAAAGACCUUACUGGGAUAUGUCCAAUCAAGAUGUUAUUAAAGCCAUUGAGGAAGGGUACCGGCUGCCACCUCCGAUGGACUGCCCCAUUGCUCUCCAUCAGCUGAUGUUGGACUGCUGGCAGAAGGAACGCAGUGACAGGCCCAAAUUUGGACAGAUCGUCAACAUGCUGGACAAACUCAUCCGCAACCCCAACAGCUUGAAGAGGACAGGCAGCGAGAGCUCCAGACCCAGCACAGCCCUCCUGGAUCCCAGCUCCCCAGAGUUCUCGGCAGUUGUUUCUGUUGGUGACUGGCUCCAAGCCAUCAAAAUGGAGCGAUACAAGGAUAACUUCACAGCUGCCGGCUAUACCACCCUAGAGGCUGUGGUGCAUAUGAACCAGGAAGACCUGGCAAGGAUCGGCAUCACUGCCAUCACGCACCAGAACAAGAUCCUGAGCAGCGUUCAAGCGAUGCGCACCCAAAUGCAACAGAUGCACGGCAGGAUGGUUCCCGUCUGAGCCGGCACUGAAUAAACUCAAAACUCCUGAAAUUAGUUUACCUCAUCCAUGCACUUUAAUUGAAGAACUGCACUUUUCUUACUUCGUCUCCUCGCCCGUCGAAAUCAAGAUCUGCAGCGUUGCUUGAUGUACAGAUUGUAGAAAAGCGAGCGUGUGUGUUGGGAGCGGGGGGCCUCCAGAAAAUGACAAAGCUGUCAUUUGAAACCAGACCUGGAACAAAUUGUUUCUUGGAACAUGCUUCUCUGUUGAUCGACGAUGUGUAAAAUACCUGUAUCUAUAUAAAUAUAAAGUCACGUUCGAGUUUUGAUGCUAUGUUUGGUGCCAGAUACUGUGCUUAGAACAAAACAAAACCAGAACGACUUCCCUUCUCCCUGUGACCUGUAGGAUUACAACCAUAGUGUUUUCUUUGUGGGUGAAACCACCGUUGUGCAUCGUUCACUGGAAUGAAGAAUUCACCCUAGGAUAUUAUUUGCAGACUCGAUGCAUCGCCGAUACCUUGUGGAAACCUCAGUGAGAACAUCACGUGGCUCAUCAGUGCCUGCCGGUUAGUGAUGUACCCACUUAUGGGCUUGAGACGUGGAAGGACCCACCUCGUGGAUUGUUGGGCAAAGCUGGACUUCUGGGGAGCUUGUUGGCUGGUGGUGUGCUGUGCUGAAGCCUACUGCUUAAAGACACCUCGUGAAUAUCUUGCCAGCAGUCAGCAGUGACAAUCCUGUCUGUGGAGCUGUCAGACUUCUUUUCUCUUUCAAGAGGGGGUUCCCUUUGCCACACGAAGAAGGGAAAUUGAGUUUUGCUUUCAUGGCCCACCCCAUUGACCAUACUGACCAUGGAGGAACGCAGACUAGAUAUGAAGCCUUCUGGAUCCACAGUUGUGUCUUCCAUAGCACUGAUUCUGGAAACCACACGCUGACACUCACCAGUCCCUGAAGAGAGAGUGACUUUUACUUUCUUUUUUUCCUGUGCCACCCACUCUGAUUUUUUUUCUUCAUUGUGAGACAACAAACUCGUUGAGACUCAGCACCCAGUUGUCAUUUGAGGAAUGUACUGUGUCAAAGCCCUACAGACUUCUGGAUUGAGUUUUUUCUUCCCCUUCUGCUUUCUCUUCCUAUUUUGGGUUUUAUUUAUAUAUUUUGUUGUUUUCUCUCCUCAUCCUGCUGUCACUGCUGCACCUCGGAUGAGUGCAGGUGACAGAGCACUACACAUCUUGCCAUGGACGCCAGGCCAGGUGCCUCAGGGAAGAGCCCAGGUCCUGUGAGCUGCCUGUACCCGUUACUGAAGUGACUUUUUACACAAAAGGUGCCAUUGCAGUGAUAAAUGUUUGGGGUCUUCUCCUUGAAUGGGUGAUGGAUGAGUAUCUCCUCAGAAAGGUGCGUACCUGUGCUCGUGUGCGUGCGUUUGCCUGUCGGUCACCUCCUCUGCAGAGCUGCCUAUGAAUGUGCUGGGAACACCUCUGGAAGUGCAGGAGUCCCCUGUCAUGUGAGAGCAGGCCAGUAGCUCAUGUCUGCAACGGGAGCCAGAACGCACAUGUUAAAAGAUGUUCAGAUUUCUGCAUCUGGAAGUGUACCUUUUAUCUGCCACACCAACCUUCCUGAGUAGCUCUGCAGCCUGAGACGGGGCAAUUUCAGUUAGUUUUGGAGUUGUGGAUCAGGGGAUCCGUAAGGGUGCUAAAGACUUUUCCAAGUGGCAUUUAUUCAUCCUGAUGCCCUGUUCACAAUCAUAGCUAACCAGUUCCUCAGUGGCAAGGUGAUGGAGCAAACACCUGCACAUCCAUCCCCUGGUAACCCCAAACUGAAUUCUGAAGUAGCCUUUUUUUUUUCCACCUGCAAAAAGAGGUUUUUGAAGACUUGUUGAAUGCGAACAAAUAUAUGCAAUUCUUCCAUCUGCAGCAGCACCUCGUUCUGUGCAAGCUGUGAUUGACUUGUAGGAACCCAAAUGCUUGGUUUGCUCCCAGCACAGGUGAGGAACAAAAAUGCAGUGAGACUUGUAAGGUUACAGUAGUCAGCAAGAGGAUUGUGAGAUGUGUCCUGCUCCUCAUGUGGAUGAUGAGGAGCUGGUGAAGUGCCCAGUUUCUUCCGUGGCUCAAGGAACAGUGCUGGAACUUCCUGAUACUACCCAGAAAAGCUGUCUGUGAUUGGAGAAUUCCCUGUUAAUGUAGCAGUUCAGCAGUGUGCCAGAGCCCAGAGAGCAUGCAGUGCUGAGUAUUUGGAGGGGGCAGGUCGUGCUCUCUGCUUGCCUCCUGGCCAUGCUACCCACACCACAGCAAACUGCUACAAGACAGCUCCUCUAGACCUGGAGAGACUGGAUGUGCUCAGAGAGAGUCGUGAAGUGGUGUCCCAAAGGUGCUCCUGCUUCGUCCUCUUGUCCUUCCUCACUGACCCUCCAAGUCCAUCAUUAACCAUACUCCUGCCCAUGCUGACAGGGUCAGUUGAAGGGACAGGAGGGCAACCACGCUGUUGGCCAAGGCCAAGCAUAGUCAUGCUGAGUGAGGUGCCAACAAGGAUGGCUGCUCCAGGUGGAGCUGGGGAUGGAAGGGAAGCGAAGGCUGGAGUGUCUCUUCCUCUUUGGGAAGAGGUCAUCACCAGCACUGCCUCACACGCUGAGCCUCUGUUCGUUAAGACAUUGUCCUGUUCACACACCACUGGUUGAUGUUUGUCUGGGUUUCUUGCUGUACUAAUUUUGUGAUGGAUCUUAUGUAUUAAAAAUAUAUAUGUAUAAAAUACAAAAGGCUGGUGAGUGACCAGCAGACAGGACUUGAGAAGCAGUAUUUUUCUUUCACGUGACAUUUUCAUAACCAGAAACAAAAAAAAAAAGGAAAAAAAAAAAGAGAAAAAAAAAGGGAAAAAAAAAUCUGAAAUACUAAUCUGACAAAUAAAAAGAGAGUGCAUUUAUUUUUUUGUAUCACUGCAAGUAUGUUGGAAUAUGCAAGGACUGUGGUUAAAACUAGAAUGUAUGAGGCAUAUUAUACUUUAGUUCAUACUGAAAAGAAAAAGAAUCUAACAGCAUUUCUUGGUUCGUGCAUUUGAAUGAUCUCUGGGUUAGAUAUAGAGAUUUUUUCUAUUUUGUUUUAAUUUGUAAUUUCCACCCACCCCACCCCCCUUCCAUGAAUUUUAGGUACACAUAACUUAUGUCAUUUAUUUAUGGUCUUUUAUACCUAGUUUGUAAAAUUGUAAAAUAGCAAACAAUGCAAACAUUUGCAUUUGAAAAUAAUAAAGUAGUUGCUGUACAAACCUGAAA